AUGACCCAAGUUAUUCGCUAUGUUAUACAAAACAACCAGAAUGAAUGCGAAAUCAUAGAAAGUUUUUUAAAGUUUGUGCGUGUGUACAACAAAACUGGUGAAUCAUUAACAGAAGAUAUAUUAGAUUGUUUGWCAAAAGAUAAUCUUAGAAUAUCUGACUGUAGAGGACAAUCGUUUGAUAACGGGUCAAAUAUGAGUGGAAAAAUUAAAGGAGUCCAAGCACGAAUUAUUGAAAUGAAUAAACUUGCAAGAUUCAUCCCGUGCUCAGCUCACUCCUUAAAUUUAAUUGGUGUUAAUUGUGCAAAAAGUAUACCUAAAGUAGAAACAUUUUUCGGCAUCGUACAGAAAUUAUUUAAUUUCUUUUCAAGUUCAACGCAAAGAUGGGAUAUUCUAAUGAAUAAUUUAAAAUUGUCAUUGAAAGGGUAUAGUACAACAAGGUGGUCAGCUAAACAUCGUGCAAUAAAAUCAUUAAAUACUCAACUGGAUAUGGUUUUUAAAAGCUUUGACGUUCUAAAACAAGAAAAAUUAUCAGAAGAAACAAAAUUUGAUGCAGAUAAUUUGAUAAGAUCACUUAAAAGUUUUUCUUUUAUUUGUAUGCUUACGGUUUGGGAAAAAAUUCUCAGUGCAAUUGACAGGAUUAAUAUAAUUUUACAAAAACCAAAAUUAACAAUUGAUGUCGCUGUCAAACAUCUGCAAAGUCUCCUUAAAAUAUUAGAAAACUUUCGAGAGCAAGGUUUAAAUGAGGCUUUAUUGGAUUCAAAGAAUAAAGCUGAAGUAUUAGGCAUAGAAACGGAAUUUCCAAAAGUCAGAUUACGAAAAAAGAAACUUUUACCCGGAGAAAUUGCAAAAGAUGAGUUUUGUAACAUAAGUGAAGAAAAUAAAUUUUUAAUAAUGAUUAAAAAUGUUAUUGACAAUAUCUUAAUAGGACCACGUCAAAGAUUUAAAUCAAUGGAAAAUAUUGCUCAAGAUUUUUCAUUUUUAGAUCCAACAAUAAUUUAUUCUUGGCCUAUGGAAAACUUGAAAAGAGCGGGAGUCGAUUUAUGCAAUAAAUAUGAAAACGACCUCAACAAAAUUGAAUUCAUUUCAGAACUAGAGAGCUUUAAAGACCAUGUUUACAACAUAGAUGACGAUUUAAAAAGUGCAACAUUUUUUGAAAUGUUGAAUUUUAUUUAUAAAAAUAAACUUCAAGAUGCAUAUCCAAAUAUAUCCGUUGCUUACCAAAUAUAUCUUACAAUGCCAGUUACUUCAGCUUCGUGUGAACGAAGCUUUAGCAAAUUGAAAUUAAUAAAAACAUAUUUAAGAUCUACUACGGAGCAAUCAAGACUUAAUAACUUAUCUAUUUUAUCCAAAUAA